UGACCUGAGUAUUUAAACUGUGAUUAGUUCUGUAUCUGUCAUCUUCUCAAAGAGAUCAGGAGUAAAUACAACAUGGGAGUUGGUGGAGGUACUAUGGAUUAUUUCUCAGGAUUAUUGAGUAGUGGUCAUAAACAGAAGAAGAGGAAGCAAAUGCAAACUGUGGAGCUCAAAGUGAGGAUGGAUUGUGAAGGCUGUGAGCUUAAAGUCAAGAAAACCCUCUCUUCCAUGAAAGGUGUUAAAUCUGUGGAUAUAAACCUGAAGCAACAUAAGGUUACUGUGACUGGGUAUGUUGAGCCAAACAAGGUUUUGAAGAAAGCACAGUCAACAGGGAAAAAGGCAGAGUUUUGGCCUUACGUUCCUUACAGUCUUGUGGCUCAUCCUUACACGGCACAAGUUUAUGACAAGAAGGCACCUCCUGGCUAUGUCAGAAAUGUGGAGACUACAGGCACCAUCAGUUCCUUUAGCAGACAGGAAGAGCAAUACACAACCAUGUUCAGUGAUGAAAAUCCAAAUGCUUGCUCCAUCAUGUAGACCAAGAGAUUUAGGAAUGAAAACUGAGAGAGUUCUUUUCCCCCGGUGCCUGCACUGCACAAUACCCAGCUCUGUAAAAAAAGACAUCUACUUCUUUAUCUGUUCCCUUUUUUUGUGAAGAUAUUAAACACUGUAAAAUCAGGGUUUUGGACUUAUUGGA